CCAAUAACUUCUGGGAUCAUUUACAUUUGACCCUCUUCCGGUCUUGAGAUUUCGCUUUAAUUUAUUUUCUGUCCGAGUUCCCCUCAGGAUUCCUCCACGAUUGUCACCAAGCUGUAUAGUAUUACUAGUCAGAGCAUAAAAAAUUGUUUAUGUAAACCUGUUUCUCAUUAAACCUGGCCAUCCAGACGAAGAUAAGAAGGAAAACCCAGUUUGCAUUCACAAAACGCGCUGGGAGAUACAAAGCUUGGAACAUUAAAUUCCGUUCUGUUACCGCUUCAUCAGCGUCUCGUUGAGUCGAAAGAGUUCGUAUUUCGUGGGCUGUAGGCAUGACCAAAUAUCAGUAUCCCUCACAAGGUGUUUGUAGAGCUGCACACUAAAAUUGCUUGACGAUAGAAGAGAACGGAACUACAAUCUAUAGGGCGAUUUGUUUCUUAAAGUUAAAAGACUAAUCUUUUUCAAGAAGUAGAGAAGACUAGACGAUCCUACAGAUAGGGGAACGAAAAAUCUUGUUCAUUUAGGAAUCUUUUCUUCCUUGGGGGAUUGUGAACUGCAAGGAACGAAAAGGCAAAAGAGGAAAGCAAGAAAAAUAAACUGAGAGAGCAAACAAUACUCAAGGUUGCCGAGGAAGUUCCUCUUGACCGCUGACCUAUCCGCAAAAUCGUGUUAACAUAAUCAACUCAAUCAGCAUAAGAAAUAAUCAAUUUAAAGAUCCAGUGAUAUACAAGACUCGAGUCCAAUUUCAGUUUGUCUUGCAACAGGAUGCAGUCAAUGAUCAUAGAGUGCCCUUCAUUCAUUCAACACCGUCUCCUCAGAUCGGCAGCAGGUUGAUCAAAGAAACUUCCUCUGCUCCAUCUCUUUUAGUAUCAUCUUAUUUAACCAAAGGAAACUGUUUGGUGAAUAAUAAUCGUUACUGGAGAGUAUCAUAGAGAACAAAGUGGUCAAAGAACGGCUAGUUGGCCAAAAAGAUCCUUUCUUCUCUUCYUUCAACUAACGUCUUUUAAGAAGAAGGAUUUCUUUAACAAUGCUUGUUAACGAUAGUAYUGUAAAUAACACAUGGAACUCCACUUCCACUUCUCAGGUUCACAGUAYAAAUAACGGCACAGCAUCACUGGUCAUCUUAUCUAUCAUCAUUGGUUUAGGAAUCAUUGGAAACUCUUUCGUUGUCAUGGUUGUUAGCAUGAUUCCCGCCAUGAGAACAACAACCAAUUUUCUUCUGUUGAACGUUGCGGUUGCAGAUAUUGUUACUCUUCUUCUGACUGCCAUUCACGUGGCUUUGAGAAGUGUGGUGGUUGCUUCAAACUUCAUGUGUAAGGUUAUCGCUCCUAAUACACUAUCAAACGUGGCUCUUCUAGCUACCGGCCUUACCCUCACUGUGCUUUCCGUGGAAAGAUAUAAUGCGCUUGUCAAGCCAAUGAGAGUCUCUCGCAGACUAACCACUGAUAAUGUACUGUAYGUCAUCAUCGUUAUAUGGGUGGUAUCCAUGGCGAUGGCGUUGCCAAUGUUAAUCUAYAUUAAGUAUGACCCUCAGUCUCCUCAGAUGUGUACGCCUGGUCAGAACUUAAACGACCUUCUUAUUUCUGUUGGUUGUAUUGUAUUCAGCAUGACAAUCAUUCCCUUUCUCGUUAUUGCCUUCUCUUAUUCGCAAAUAAUAUCAGGAUUAUAUUUUAGUAAUACGAUUUGGAAUUCCAAUAACCCUGGAACCCUUCCAGAAGAUUUGGUGGCCAAAAGAAAAUUAGUCAAGCUGCUGGUUACGGUGACCGUUAUAUUCUUUAUUGCGUUUGUACCUUACGGUGUUCUGCAGAUCUUAAAUUUUAGUCUUCACGAGAAGAUCAGCAAACAGCAACUACAAAACCUGAAGAAGUUGACUGUUGUUAUCAAAUAUUUGAUGCCAUUGCACUCAUCUAUUAAUCCAUUACUUUAYACAUUACAAAGCCAAAACUACCGAGAUGGAUUUGUGGCCGUUGCCAAGAAGAUAUUUUGCAAGGGAGGUGGUAAUGUCAGGGAAGGAGGAGAAUUGAGUCGCGCUGAGGAACGCUCUUGUAAUCAUUAUUAUAGGGAUUCUGCUGUUUUCUUUUCCAAGGACCAUGUCUGUUUGUAACGUUCUCAGUUAAGAAAGUGAAGGAAUAGACUUAAAUCACUGGUAAUGUUGAAAAACCCUUCGAUCUAAUUUAUUUAAUAAUAUGACCAUCAACAAUUCUCGAUUGUGAUUGGCCAUGGUCUGCUACUUUUUUAGAUUUUUUUGAAAUCACUUUGCAAGAAAGCGAAAUCAAUGUGCCAAAAAAAAAAAAAAAAA